GUCGGCCAACAACUUCGAGAGGCGGAUCCUGUUCCUGUGACAGCAGCCAAAUUGAUAAAUUUUCUUCGGCUUUUUAUUAAUUUUUACGGGAAAAUUGUAAAUACUGCCCAUUUUUUAGAGUUUAAAUUUACAAUCAAGCGUUUGCGGAUUCAUCAAUCCCCAAGAUGACCGAUUCAAAGUAUUUUACAACCACCAAAAAGGGCGAGAUUUUCGAGUUGAAAUCGGAACUGAACAAUGACAAGAAAGAGAAAAAGAAGGAAGCCGUGAAAAAGGUUAUCGCCUCGAUGACUGUCGGCAAAGAUGUCUCGGCUCUGUUUCCUGACGUCGUGAAUUGUAUGCAGACGGAUAAUCUCGAGCUGAAGAAACUCGUGUAUUUGUAUCUCAUGAACUACGCCAAAAGCCAGCCAGAUAUGGCUAUUAUGGCCGUCAACACAUUUGUCAAGGACUGUGAAGAUCCCAAUCCUCUGAUCAGAGCUUUGGCGGUGCGCACUAUGGGGUGCAUCAGGGUUGAUAAAAUCACUGAGUACCUCUGCGAGCCUCUGCGGAAAUGUCUCAAGGAUGAAGAUCCUUAUGUGAGAAAAACGGCAGCUGUCUGUGUCGCCAAAUUGUACGAUAUCAACUCGUCGAUGGUCGAGGACCAGGGCUUCCUGGAUCAGCUCAAAGAUCUGCUCUCGGACUCAAAUCCCAUGGUUGUGGCAAACGCUGUGGCAGCUUUGUCAGAAAUCAACGAGUCAAGUCCCAGUGGUGCUCCUUUGGUCGAAAUGACACCUCAAACGGUCAACAAGUUACUGACGGCCCUGAACGAGUGCACUGAAUGGGGUCAGGUGUUCAUUUUGGACUCGCUGGCAAAUUAUUCGCCCCGGGAUGAGCGAGAGGCUCAAAGUACUUGCGAGCGAAUAACUCCUCGUCUGGCGCAUGCCAAUGCUGCUGUCGUUUUGUCGGCUGUCAAGGUGUUGAUGAAGUUCAUGGAGAUGCUGCCCUCCGACUCUGAGUUCGUCACCAGCCUGACUAAAAAACUGGCGCCUCCCCUGGUCACGCUGCUCUCUUCCGAGCCCGAGGUGCAGUACGUGGCUCUGCGCAACAUCAACCUGAUUGUGCAGAAGCGGCCUGACAUCCUCAAGCACGAGAUGAAAGUCUUCUUCGUCAAAUACAAUGACCCUAUCUACGUCAAACUGGAGAAGCUGGACAUCAUGAUUCGUCUGGCGUCGCAGGCCAACGUUGCUCAAGUCUUGUCUGAGUUGAAAGAAUACGCAACUGAGGUGGAUGUUGAUUUUGUGAGGAAGGCGGUGAGGGCAAUUGGCAGAUGCGCCAUCAAGGUCGAGCAGUCUGCCGAACGCUGUGUCUCGACCCUUUUGGAUCUGAUCCAGACUAAAGUCAACUAUGUAGUCCAAGAGGCGAUAGUGGUCAUAAAAGAUAUUUUCCGUAAAUAUCCCAACAAAUAUGAAAGCAUCAUUUCCACUCUGUGUGAGAAUCUCGACACUUUGGAUGAGCCUGAAGCAAGGGCUUCCAUGAUCUGGAUCAUUGGCGAGUACGCUGAGCGAAUUGAUAAUGCCGACGAGUUGCUCGAGUCAUUCCUGGAAGGUUUUGCCGAUGAGAACUCUCAGGUGCAGCUCCAGCUUCUCACAGCUAUUGUCAAGUUGUUCUUGAAGAGACCCUCAGACACCCAAGAACUUGUUCAGCAGGUGCUGAGUUUGGCAACUCAAGAUUCCGACAACCCAGAUUUGCGCGAUCGUGGCUUCAUCUACUGGCGUCUCCUUUCGACGGAUCCUGCCGCUGCCAAGGAAGUUGUUUUGGCUGAAAAGCCUCUCAUUUCUGAGGAGACGGAUCUUCUGGAGCCGACCCUUUUGGACGAGCUGAUUUGCCACAUUUCCAGCUUGGCAUCCGUUUAUCACAAGCCACCAUCUGCCUUUGUCGAAGGUCGCGCCGGCAUCCGAAAGAGCCUUCCUGCUAGCGCUCGUGCUGGAUCGGAAGGUGUGGAUUCGUCGGAGAGUCAAUCUGCCCCUGCAGUAAUUCCAGCACAAGACUCACUCAUUGGAGAUUUGCUGAGCAUGGACAUCGGCGGCCCGACCAUUGCAGCCACUGCUGCAGCCCCAGCAGCUCCAUUUGGAAGCAAUGCCAUGGAUCUGCUAGGAGGUGGCCUGGACACCUUGCUGGGUGAAACAAGCUCGUCUCCAGCGCCUCCUGCUGCAGCUCCCGCUGGCUCGGCUGCCCUUCUUGGUGACAUUUUUGGCGUGCCAGCUGCUUCUGCCGCCUACGCAGCUCCAAAAACCACCUGGCUGCCUGCGGACAAAGGCAAGGGUCUUGACAUCAGUGGCACAUUUGCACGCAGAAAUGGCCAGCUCUUCAUGGACUUCACAUUCACCAACAAAGCCAUGCAGCCGCUGUUGAACUUUGCCAUCCAGUUCAACAAAAACAGUUUCGGGAUCACUCCAUCGGCACCUUUGCAAGUGCAGUCGCCACUGCCGCCGGGUGUCUCGAGCGACACUUCUCUUCCCCUUUCCACCACAGGACCUGUCCAGAAAAUGGAGCCGCUCACCACUCUUCAGGUUGCUGUUAAGAAUAACGUAGAUGUGCUUUACUUUGCUUGUCAAAUUCCGAUGCACGCCCUGUUUGUCGAGGACGGUCAGAUGGACAAGCGCGUCUUCCUGGCCACCUGGAAGGAAAUCCCGGCCCAGAACGAAGUCCAGUACACAAUAACCAACAUCAUGCACAAUGCUGAUUCUGUGGUGCAAAAGAUGCAGCAGAAUAAUGUGUUCACCAUCGCUAAACGCAACGUGGAAGGCCAGGACAUGCUGUACCAGUCACUGAAGCUGACCAAUGGCAUCUGGGUGCUCAACGAACUCAAAAUUCAGCCCGGCAAUUCUAAUAUCACGGUACUUCUGUCGCUGAAGACGAGAACUCCAAACGUGGCCGAAGGCGUUUUCCAGGCCUACGACAAUAUUCUGCAUGGUUAAGGGAGCACAUUCCAGAAAUUAGCAGGUGCAGCCGCAGGCGUGCACAGCUAGUUGAACAAUGAGGAUUAUUCAUAAUUAUAAAUAAACAAAACACUAUAUUACUUAGUUGUAUGAUUGUCAAAAUAGGUAUACUGUAUUGUCAUAUCUCAUGCUGCUGUUAGUUAAUGGAUAAAAUAUACAGUUGAUGA